AUGAAUCAAGACUAUGAGAUCUCCUUGGAUCAAAUCAAUGCCAUUGUGGGGGCCCCAACGGAAAACACAUUUGGCCCCACUGACCCAAUCCAAGGAUACUUUGACAUGACUUGGUGGUCCCAACUCACCCAAUUACACCCAUAUGUCUCUAGCGCUGCUAAAUCCUCAUCACUUAUCCAUCCUGUGAUUAAGGUAGCCCACAGAAUCAUUGCUUCGCUCGUCGCCCCUAGAGAGGAGCGCAGCACCAUCAAUGCGCUGGAACUCAAAAUCCUUUAUGUAAUGACCCAUCCCGAGAAUAACCUCAUUCCUCAUUAUGGUCGGUUUCUAUGCCACAAGCUCAUCCGCCUUAGCACAUCCCGAUCGUGA